CUUCCUAGACACCCAAGGAGAUGUUGUGAAUUCAGCAUUUGAUAUUUGCAGCCAUGGGAUCAAAGAAGGUGCUAAUUAAGCUUUUGGCAGUGUUUGCUGCGUUUGUAUGUUUCUGGGAUGCUGCGUUGUCAGCUCCUUGGGCUCAUGCAGCUCUGAACCCCAGGGCCUUCCAAAAGUCUGCAGUGCUGCAACCCAGGGGCUUCCAGAACCAGAGACCUGCAGUGCCACAACCCAGGGGCUUCCAGAACCAGAGACCUGCAGUGCUGCAACCCAGGAAGCAGGAUUCUGUGUUCCAGUCAAAGCAAGGCUUCGAAACCCCGCUGACCUGGACGUUUCCUCGUGAUCCAGUGCCAGAGGCCAAGCCUGAUGUGAGAAAUGUUGAGCUGAAGCAGCCUGUUCCUGCCAACACAGUGGGGGUCAAAUGUGGGGAGAAUCUGGUCCAGGUGGAGGUCAAGCAGGAUCUGUUUGGUAUCGGCCAACUCAUCCAGCCGGCGCAUCUCACCCUGGGGGGCUGUGCUGCAGUUGGGGAGGAUGUCGAAGCCCAAAGGCUGAUCUUUGAGUCUGAGCUGCAGGGAUGUGGCAGCAAACUGGAGAUGGUAGAGGAUGCCUUCAUCUAUACCUUCUACCUGCUCUACAAACCAAGCAAUAUUGCCAACACCCCUGUUGUAAGGUCCACUGAGGCUGUUGUAGGCAUUGAGUGCCACUACAAGAGGAAACUGAAUGUGAGCAGCAAUGCCUUGAAGCCUACCUGGACCCUCUUUGCAGACUCUAAAUUAGUUGAGGAGCAACUCUACUUUUCUCUCAAGCUCAUGACUGACGACUGGCAGAUUGAGAGGGCCUCCAGUCAGUACUUCCUAGGUGACCUGAUUCGCAUGGAAGCCUCUGUCCUGCAGUACCACCAUGUGCCUCUGCGGGUUUUUGUGGAAAGCUGUGUUGCCACUCUGGUGCCUGACAUUAACUCUAAGCCCAGAUACUCAUUCAUUGAGAAUGACGGGUGUCUAGUUGAUGCUGCGUUGAUGGGCUCUAGUUCCCAGUUCCUGCCUCGCUCACAGGACCACAAGCUUCAGAUCCAGCUGGAGACCUUCAUAUUCAAACAGCAGUAUGCUGGCCCUGGAAGCAACAGCAAAACUAGCCAGGAAAAAUUGGACAUGAUCUACAUAACCUGCCACCUGAAGGCCACUGCAGCUUCCUCCCCAACUUCUGCUGAGGACAAGGCCUGUUCCUUUGUCAAUGGGUGGAGGUCUGCAGAUGGGUAUGACCAGGCGUGUGGUUGCUGUGACACCACCUGUACCAUGAGAAGGGCCCGGGCUAUUUCCAUCCACGCUGAUGUGCAGUGGGAAGCCGACGCUGUCCUUGGCCCCCUAUCCAUCCAGUAGUGUUGACGUGAUCUACCUGAAUCAUGACAUUAAAUAGGCUAUAGAAAUAAACAACUUAAUGGGUAUGUGCUGUAUGCUUCUCUUGGUUUGCCAGUACAGGAGACUAUUUUUGGUCUCUGUAGUAUCAUUAUAGACCAAGUUCACACUGGGUUUCUUGGAUACUCAACUGGGGUUUGGUUAAAUUGACAUCGACUUUCCUGUUGAAGGAAAAGUGACACUUAAGAGUUAGUUUAAAAGGUAGGGUUGUCAAUGCUCUUGACAUUUGCUUGCUUUUGUAAGGAACCUUGUUUAAAUGCCCAUGUGGCUACAAAUACUUUCUCUAUUGCUUGUCUGGGAAGACACUGUCCUGCCAGAGUUCAAUAAACCAACAGUAGGUGGCCUCCA